CUUUUUUCCAGAUUGUUGAUUAUUUCUUAACACAUAAUGGAUGGUUGUAUAGCAAAUAACGAGGAGUUACACAGGGCUAGCGCUAGUGAGCGAAUGGCAAAUCUCCUUGCAUUAGGAAAAGCCCAGAAGAUCAGUAAUGCAAUCCCUAUCGUGCGAUAUUAUCGGAGUAUGCUAGAAGUGCAUCGGAUGGCACUAUCAUAUAUGAAAAAUCAAGAUCUACAAAGAGCACUCGUACUUCUUAUCCGGUUUUGUAGUUUCACGAUAGAGGAGCUGCCGAAGCACGCUCAGUAUGCCGAGUUUGCUGGGGAAGAGAAGAAAACUGUGUUCGCCCUUCUGAAAACAGCUUUUGAACAUGCAGAACGUAUCAAGCAAGAGCUGCGGCUGAAGUUUGAGCAAGAAGCAGCGGAAGCGGCAAAAACAAACGCUCGUCUCAGUGAGCGGCACGAGAUUGGUGUGCCUUCUUCCAAUAAUGUCCCCAGGGCAGCUACUUCUGUGCCACCAGACAAAGCAAAUCUGCAUAUUACCGACCCGGGCGUCAACACAAGCGGUAUCUCUUACUCGCCUCUUAAUGAUUUUCCAAAUACAUCCAACGCGGGUUCAUCAACGAAAGUGCUUCCAAGUGCUCCCCCUAUCAACAGAAACGACAAGCCGCAUGCUUUAUAUCAUCCUAGUCAUGGCGGUGCCUCACCAAUCGGUAACAGAACUGUUCGGAUAGGUGGUGACUUGGUUCAAAAGUUUUUGACCUGUGCUGAACGAAACACCUUGCAGGACAAGGAAACUUGUGGCACUCUUUGCGGUUCUAUAGAAGGUGAUAACUUUGUGGUUUCUCACGUUAUCGUUCCUAAGCAGAGCGGAGCUUCGGAUGGGUGCCAGGCCGAAGGAGAAGAGGAUAUUUUUGCCUAUCAAACCAAACACGAUUUAUUGACACUUGGCUGGAUACACACACAUCCAAGUCAGACUGCGUUUCUGUCCUCCGUUGACCUGCACACUCAUUGUUCCUACCAGAUGAUGUUGAGUGAAGCAGUAGCCAUCGUAUGUGCACCAUCCCACAACCAAGUCGGUACAUUUGUGAUGACUCCCUAUGGCAUGAGUGUCGUGGAAGGUUGCACCGAAACUGGAUUUCACCUCCAUCCGGAAGCGGAAAAGCUAUAUGAGGAAAUGAGGAGAAAUGAGUCCCAGACUAGUACAUAG